AUGGUAUUCCCACCACCACCCGUCAACACCAUUGACUGGAGUAACAUCGGAUUCAAGGUCCGGGAAGUUAAUGGCCAUAUCGAAUCUCAUUACAGUGUCAAAACAGGACAAUGGUCCGCCCCCAAAUUCGUUACAGAUCCUUAUCUUCGUCUCCAUGGCAUGGCACCCGCACUCAACUACGGACAACAAGCAUAUGAGGGACUAAAAGCCUUCCGCUCUCCAAACAACGAAAUCACAAUCUUCCGUCCUAGCCGAAAUGCUGCCCGAAUGCAACACUCCGCAUCCUUCAUCUCAAUUCCCCCAGUGCCAGAAGAUAUUUUCAUGGAAUCUGUGCAUGCCGCGGUGUCAUUGAAUGCCGAAUACGUACCACCCCACGAGACCGGCGCUGCCAUGUACGUCCGCCCUUUGAUCUUCGGCUCAUGCGCACAAUUGGGGUUGAAUCCACCUGAGGAAUAUAUGUUCUGCGUUUAUGUCCUACCAGUGGGUGUUUACCAUGGUGUACACCCUGUUAAGGCGCUCAUUCUGGAAGAAUUUGAUCGCGCGGCGCCAGACGGAACUGGCAGUGCAAAAGUUGGAGGAAAUUAUGCUCCGGUGCUGAGAUGGAGCGAGAGGGCCAGGGAUGAGGGAUAUGGCAUUACUCUGCAUCUUGAUAGUAAGACCAGGACUGAGAUUGAUGAGUUCUCAACAAGUGGGUUUAUUGGAGUGAAGAAGGACGGUGAUAAUGUUACUCUGGUGGUCCCGGAUAGCAACAGCGUGAUCAAGAGUGUCACAAGUGACAGCUGUUUGGAGAUCGGCAAGAGCAAAGGGUGGAAAGUCGAAGAAAAAUCGAUCAAGUACGAAGAACUUCCCUCAUUUAGUGAAGUCCUCGCGGCCGGCACAGCUGCCGCUCUCGUCCCUAUAAAAUCGAUUACUCGAAAGUCCCGCAGCGAAACCACAGAAUAUAUCCCAGCCGAUUCCGAGGAGCCCGGACCUAUCUGCGUGCAGCUACUCCAAACACUGAAGGGCAUUCAGCUAGGCAAGGUCGAGGAUACUUUCGGCUGGAAUAGCAAGGUUGAGGCUGUGGACCCUAAGAAAUACGCUGCGUCAGAGCAGGCGAAUGGUGUCGAUGGCAAAGAUAUCGAUCAAUUGCCUUGA